AUGGCGGGAAAGAGAAUAGCUAGGAAAGCCUUAGACUUAGCGUUAGGUUCUCUAAAAAAAAUCAAGCCCGCAGUCAAAAGCCUUUGGGGCGGCACAAAAGAGAAAAUAAAAGAAACGUCUGCCAAACCCCUAGUAGAAAACCAGCCGGUAGAAAAACUAGAAAAAACUAUAGAUAAUGCAGUAACCUCUCUCUCUGAAAGACUGAAAACUGAAAGAGAUAAACAGUUACCUGAAGAGUAUGAGUACCUUAAAAAGGAGUUAGAUGAUGUUAAGAAGAGACUCGGGAAAAGACCUCCUUCUGCGGAGUUGGAUAUGACCGAGAAAAAUAUACCUUCUGCACAGUUGGAUAAGACUGGGGAAAAUAUAUCUUCUGCGCAGUUGGAUAAGACAGGGAAAAAUAAAUCUUCUGCGAAGUUGGAUAAGACCGAGAAAAAUAAACCUUCUGCACAGUUGGAUAAGACGGAUAAGGAGGGUUAA